AGUUGUUCUAGUUUUUAGGCUCAGAAACCCAUGCACAGCAUGAAAAUGUAGUGCUCAAGUCAUUCAGAGGUUGCUGCAGUAAGGAGACAAGGAUUUUUGACUGAAGCAUACAAAGCCAAAAUCUCUUAAAUAUUCCCAGUUUCAUUUUUAGCUGCCCUAGUUGUUUUCAGACUGAAUACGUAUCAACUGGAUCCAUUUUUGUAAAUAAGUAAAGCUUUUAAACUCUCAACCUCAGAGAUUCCUCUGCCCAUUUCUACACUCUGCAAUAUAUGAUCUGAAUAGCAAAAACUGCCAUGUUUUUCCAACAGCAACCUUAACUUGGGCUACUUGGGUGGGUAUUGGUCAUUAUGGGAGUUGUUUCUGUGGCCUCUCAUUAUUCUACUAAAGUACUGACAGGUAAAAACCCAACUAGCUCGAUUUCUUAAAUUUAGUGUCCACUGUUUCCCUGCCUGAUUUCUGAUCCAAUUAAUUCCAAACCACAAUAACUGAUGGUUAAUUUUAGCCAAGAGAUUAUCCACCACCUUCAAGCAGAUGCCUAAUAUAGAGAACAGUUCAACUGGAAUAUAGGCCAGACCCAGGGACAUGGACAAAGCCUAAUUUUUUAAAAAACACUAUCUUAUGGGAUAUGGCUUCAAAUCUAUCAUUUAGGAAUGAAAUAGGGCAUGAAUAAAUGGACGAUUUUUCUAGAAAAUAAUUAGUAAGAUAUUUUUAAAAUUUAGAAAAGCCAUAACUAGAUUGAAGGGCCACAGGGGAGAUAUAUAUCCCAGCACAAACAUAUUUCAAGCACUUAUUUUAAAAACAGCUUCCGUUUUUUAUUUUGGAUAAAAUCUGAGCAUCCAAUUUCCCUUUCUGUUCCCCUCAUCCAAAUCCAAGUAGAACUCCCUUGAGUAGAGGCUAGUUCACACCGCCCCCUCCCCUUUUUUGUCACGGUAGUUUUGGGAAAAUGAACUUCAGCCAUUACAUUCCAGUUUUAAAGUCAAAAGAAGUCAUGUGACCAUUACCCUAGGGGCAUCAGAGACUUGGGGCACGUGAUGCCAAUUGACAUAUGUGGGGCUUCGGCCACUAUGUUGGAAUUCACUGUAAAUUGGAUCUUCAGGAUCAAGUUUAAGCUCCCAAAUACACUGUGACAUCCUGUAAAGUGGAGUGUGCGCUUACGUCUCAGUAGUUUUUAAUUUCACCUAGGUUUUCUACCUACUGUGCAGUCAGCCAGGCUCUCUUCCCCACCCCCCAUCCCUGGUAACAGGUCGGGCACCCCGAGCAUCCCGUCUAUCUGAUCCUAAACGGCGAGGCUCUCCAACCCAGUUAGUUCUAAACUCAACCUUGAGUACCACCCGGCAUGUUGUGCAGAUAGGGUGUGGAGCAAGAAUUUGCGUCGCGUACAGGAAACGUCAGAAAGCAUUAAGCCCACUCCACCUCCCAGGUUGGGAUCUUCUGCCCUGGAGCCUGGUCGUCGGAGCCGCCAGCACAUUAGAGCAAGUAGCAGCAGCGGCGGCGGCAACUCUGGGACUGGCGAGAAGCCCGGGCGGGGGUGGUCGGCGUCCCCCGGCCUCUCAUUAGACCGCUAAGUACUGCGAGUCGGGAAAUGUAAACACCGGCAAGUGCAGCUCUGUGGGAGGAGGGGAUGUUGCCCUCGCCCCCCGCCCCUUCGGCUCUGCCUCCAGAGGAGCCCCGGGAGGUGCCGGGCGGCCGCUGCCCCGACCACGCGCUCGAGGCUGCAGAGCCAAAGGAGCUGAGAAGGGAGCAGACGGGCGGCUCGGGAUCUGAGGAGAGGAGAACGGAAAGGGCAUAUGCCGAGGACCUGCUCUUCUUCUACGACCACCUCAGAAAGGUCAUUGGGGUCAUUGGAAUGGAGCUUCUCUACUGCUACCACUGGUACGUGGCCACACACUUCGUCCUCCAGGCCACCAUCUAGACCCACCGCAUCUGGAAGAAAAGGUCCUCCCACACUGGGUAACCUUCACCAAUUGGAAAGCAGCCAAGCAGGGGUGCCAGGCUGUAUGGCUGGUGGACUCACAGCCACCAACUGAUGCAAGGUUGUUGUGUUUUGUGACAUCAAUGAGAGCAACACUGAGAAGGGCUUCUACUGCUAGGGGACUCUCAGGAAAGGUCCGAGCCUGGGGUUCUUAUCCUAGCGCCCUUCGUCAUCUGCGUGAAGCUGGACCUGCGGUGGGGGGAGGUCAGGGGGAGGAGCGAUUGAGGACAACCUGACAACCUGAGGCCCCUGCAUCAGCAGGAGGGUGGGGACUUCCUUUACUUCAGGGGACAGACCCACGGCAGCCACUCCCAGGCAAGGAUCCAGACACCACUCUGCAAUGCAUCUCACCUCCCUGCUGUCUGAUCAGGAGUUUUUUGUAACUUCUAGGUGUGAUGCACCACUCCACAACCUUCACCUUCUGAAGUGCUCUGGCUUCCUGGAACUGAACUGGCGGGUACGACAGUGGAAAUCUUGUGUGUGCAGUCCUGCAGGAGAUGAGCCUCGUCCACCAGCACGGUGGUAGAUGUCAGGGGCUGACCCUGGACACAAGCUGCCUGGUCAUCUUGAACCUCACACCCAGGCUGCGUGACCUCAGCCAGUCUCCACUAGUUUUACUCAUUUAAAAUGGAAAAUUGCCUGUUUAUUUCAGGAGGGAGGCAUGUUUUCAGCCUUGAAUGAAAUAAAAUUUAAU